GUAGGUAGUGGCGAUGAUAGGUCUAAACUCUACGCGAAGCCGCCGCACUCAACACACUCAAUGACUGAAACACUCGAGUGUGGAUCGGGCCCACGGCCCGGAUAAGCCGAAGUGCAGGCUUGUUGCCGCCACGCCACGCUUUACCCAAUCAUAUCAACAUGGUGGAGUCGAUCCAUUUGCCACUUGGACUCUAUGCUCCGCGUCACGCUCCUCUCGCUGCAGUGACGCCUACCUUCUACUAUAAACUGCGGCCUCCUUGCCUCUACCUUGCUGCACCCCCAUUUCCACUGCUCUAGCUUCUCUCAAUGCUGUGUUAAUGUCUAUCCUAUUCGAUUUUAUCAUUCAUAUUUGCUAUUCCGCUUUCAAUUUGUUUCGAUUUUUCCUGAAUUAAUUUAUGCUGCUGCAACUGUUUCUGAGUGGGAAUCUGAUGUCUAGAUAAGUUCGAACAUCUGUAACUUGCGAUACAACAGUGUUAUUUGGUGAAUUUCAGUAUUUCAAUCGAUGUAGGAUUAAUAGAAUCCGUUCGUUAAUAUGCUUGCUUAUGUGCCAUUGAAAAUUAAUUUUGAGUUACUAAAGCUCUGUGAUUGAUGCAGAGAAUUUGAGAAAAUUAUCUCUGAUAGUAUUUUAAUUUUUCAUUUCUGUGAUUAUCCUACUUGUAUAUUCAAGCUUUGAUUACACCAUUUAUAUGUGCAUCUGUGACUAAGAUUGAUCUUGCUUCUUAAAUUCAGGUUGCUUGUGGCAUAAUGGACCAAGAGAAUUCUGAAAAGGGAACGGAAGAUGCCCCCGUGCUUCCUUCAUGCGAAGACGAACACGGGGGUAUCAUAGUGGAGUUGAAGGAUCCCAUGGAUCCCACUGAAUUUGCUCUGCUUCUCAAAACUUCACUUUCACAGUGGAAACUGCAGGGGAAGAAGGGAGUCUGGAUUAAAUUACCAAUUAAACUUGUGACUCUCGCUGAAGCUGCAGUCAAGGAUGGAUUUGUGUAUCACCAUGCUGAGCCUCACUAUUUGAUGCUUGUAAAAUGGAUUCAUGAAACUCCUAGUACCAUUCCAGCAAAUGCAACACACCGGCUCCGCAUUGGUGCUAUUGUCUUGAAUGACAAAAGAGAGUUGCUCGUUGUUCUGGAAAAGCAUGGCAGAUUUAAAGGCACCGGCAUCUGGAAGAUACCCACUGGAAUGGUCGAGGAGGGAGAGGAUAUCAUUGUAGGAGCAACAAGAGAAGUAAAAGAGGAAACCGGAGUUGAUUCAGAAUUCAUCGAUGUGCUAGCAUUCAGGCAAAUGCACAAGACCUUUUACCAGAAGUCAGACUUAUUUUUUCUAUGCACGCUGAAGCCUCUAUCGUUUGAGAUCCAAAUACAAGAGUCUGAGAUUGAUGGAGCCCAGUGGAUGCCCAUUGCUGAAUACGCAGCACAGCCCUUUGCGGAGCAGCACUAUGUGUUCAAGUAUGCUGCGGAUAUAUGCCUAGCUAAACUCGAAAAGGGUUACACUGGCUUCACACCACGUCCUACUACAUCAUUCCUCAGUCAUAAUCCCAGCUAUCUCUAUGUAAACGAGCUUCUUACCCUCCCAGUGUCUAAUGAAAAGAAGCUGCGGAAGCUAUGAAGAUACACAUGCUAGAGUUAUGUUUGGUGAGAGCUCUCAAAUCAGCAUUUUUCAUUGCACCGAAUGUAACAAGUUACAAUACAUAUAUUCUUCACUCUAGGACAUUGUACUAAUCUACUUUAACAAACUCUGAACAUUGUACUAGUCUACUUUAACAAACUCUGCAAAAUCUCCCUCUUCUUCA